AUGAAUAGCGAAAACUACGUUAGAGGUGAAACAAUCGAUGUUCAAGAAGAAUUUGGCGUAAUAGAUAAAGGUAAUGACAAAUAUAUUGGUAAAAAGCCAUUAAUCAAACCACUUCAUCUUGCUCCUGGAGCUUAUGGCGGGAAUCUUGCUGGACAAGCUUUGUUAGUAGCUAUGAAGUCAACUGAACCUGAAUUCAAACCUCAUUCCUUGCAUUCAUUCUUCGUUAGAGCAGCUACUUCAGAAACCCCAAUUGAGUGGCAAGUUGAAAGAAUAUCUAGUGGUAAAACCUUUUGUAAUCGAGCAGUUAAAGGUUUUCAAAAUGGUAAAAUUGUUUAUUUUGCUAAUAUUUCAUUAACUAAAAAAAACUCAUAUAAUGAUAGUUUAGCUAAAUGGGAAACUGAGAUUGCCAAAUUUGAACAACGGGGUAAAGAUGGUGAUGUUGAAGAGGAUGAUGACGAUGAUGAUGAUGUUCAAGCUCCACAAAAACCGUUCCGAUUCCAAACUCCAUUACAUGAUUGGGUUAAGAAGUAUGGUGAGGAUAGUUUAAUUGUUUCUCCUUGUGAAUCAAACAUGUUGAGUUAUUUUAAAUUUUGUCCUGAUUUUAUUCAUUUAGACAAAUCAACUUAUGAAGAAAAUGUCCCCAUUGCAGAACGGAAGUUUUCUUUUUUGGUAAGAUGGGGGAUAGACAAUGAACAAGGGUAUAAUCAACCUUUGAAAAAUGUUGACGAGCAAUUUCAAUUCGUUGGUUUGGCCAAUCUUUCCGAUGCUUUAAUUCUCAAUGUUUUGGCUAGAGUUUUAAGAUUAGGUGAUGUUUCAGUUCAAGAUAAUAUGAAGAAUUUUUUUGGAGUUAGUCUUGAUCAUGUCUUAUAUGUACACGAUAAUGAUUUUGAUGUGACUAAAUGGAUGACUUAUUCAUUUAAAACAAUUCGAUUUUCUCAUGAUCGAGUAUUGUUUGAGGGUGAAUUGUAUAAUGAUAAAGGUAUUCAUGUUGCUAGUGUUGUUCAAGAAGGCUUGGUCAAACUUUCGGGAGCAGAAAGAGAUGCAAAGUUGUAA